UUGUAGUUUGGCGCUGUGCAACUUCUCUUUACUCCUCGACCUCCGGGAUUUGUGAGAGAGACGGCUGCAAAUCGCGGCUCGUCGGUCGGAGUCACAGAAGCUACAACAACCCAAACCAUGGCCGCACCGGAAGCCCCUGUCAACUAUGUCGGUGUGGCCAAAAAGUCCGCCGCUUUCCGCCUCAUGAAACAAAUGGGCUGGGAAGAAGGAGAAGGGCUUGGGAAAGACAAGCAGGGGAUCAAAGGCUAUGUUAGAGUCAAAAACAAGCAGGACACUGCUGGUGUUGGUGUAGAGAAGCCUAACCAGUGGGCAUUUGAUACAACCCAAUUCGAUAGCAUCCUCAAAAGAUUGAAAGUGCAAGCAGCUAAACCUAUUAUUGAUGAAGCUGCUGACAAGAAGAAGAAGAGCACUGAAGUGGAAAGCGAGGAUGAAUUGCCUAGUGAGGUUAAGGAACCAGUUGUCAAGGCUACUCGACCACAGGGAAGAUAUAAGAGAAGAGAAAGAGGAAAGCUUGUUGAUGCUUAUUCUUCCAAGGAUCUGGAAGGAAUCCUUGUCAAAAGGGCGGCGUCUCCUGAGAUAAAUUAUCUUGAUGAUGAGUCAGAGAAGGCAACCGAGAUUCAAGUUAUAUGUCCUGAAGAAACCACAUGUAAAGAGAUUCCUCCAAAUUGGUGGGGCCAUAAAUAUGGGUUCGUCCCUGGGGGUUUGCUUGGUGCAGAAUUGAAAAGGAGGAAGUUAGAAAAGUCCCAAGUGAAUGAGAGAACUAUGUUUUACGAGGAUGAUCAAGUAAAUCUAUACAAUCUUGUUCAGGACAAAUCCACAACUGGAAAGCAAGGACUAGGCAUUAAGGACCGGAAAAAGAAAGUAGCCGGUUGCUACUUUGAGGGGAAAAAGACAUCAUUUAAUGAUAGCGAUGAUGAAGGUUCUGCUGAUCUUGGCGCUCCCAUGGAAGACAAACAAGAUGAGUCGUUGGAAGUGGGAAGUGGCAAUGAACCAAAACUAAAGCUGAAAAAGCUUUCUAAACAACUUCUUCGUCAGGCACCUGGAGAGUCAAUGAAACUGAAAGCACUGAAAGCUUUGAUCGAUGAACAUUCAUCUUCUGUUUUCUCUGACUUUUCUUCAAAAAGAGAUGCUGUUGCUUACUUGAGACAAAAGCUGGAAGGCAGCUCAAAGUUUAUUGUGGAAGGGAAAAAAGUGAGUCUCAGAUCGAAGACAGCCUGAAGAUUUUGGUAGAGAUAGUGAGGUGAUAUUAUUUUUCGUUUGCCAAUUUUGGGACUUUUGCGGUAUGAUCUGCACAUUGCAGCUGAGCCUAGUUUAUAGUUAAAUUAUACAAGUAUGCCCUUGCUAGAGUUGUAGUAGUAAUCAGUCCGAAGUAAAAUCCCAAGCGUCAUUUUUUUUUAAUGUGUUAAAUCUGUGUCCGUAAUGUAAGCAGUAUGUCAGAAGUUGCAAAGUUGCUAUUUUCUAGUUAUUGUAAUGUUAAAAUAAGAUACUAGUGUAACCGAUUCGUUUUUGGUUCUUCUCUAGCCUUCUGACAAUCCCAAUGGCUACUGUGAACCAACUACUAUUGUUUGAAUACUAUUUGAAUCACACACAUAUAUAAGAUGAGGGGGUUCAAGCA